AUGCAUGUCCGCGGGGAUCACCAGAUCUUCGUGGAGCGCUCCGGGAGCUCCUUGGCCGCCUCCGUGAUGGAGUCCUCCAAGCUGCUGAAGAGCGUAGGUUCAGCCGGUCGAAGCUCGAAUGGCGGCUUCGUGGGGAGCUCUGGACUAGGGGUGGUAAGCCCGCAGACGACUUUGCAGCUGCAACCCCGGCAGAUUCCGGAGGUGGCGCAUCGGUACCGGGGCUCAGCCCGGGAGCUCUUCGCAGCUCUGCAGGCCUCUCCUGUGGGCUCGCUGGCGGCUCCAGUUGUGGGCGGCACCGCAGGCGAGAGGCACUCGAGCUCCUCGAGGUCUCCCUCUCGGACCAACGCCUCGCCGCGAGGCAGUGGAGAUGUGAGCAACUCCCCGCGCAUGGUCACGGUGAAGGACUUCCAGCGUGGCACACCCCUGGUGGCGCCCGCGCAGCUGCUGCCCUUUACUGGGCCUGAAGGCCUGUCACCUGGCAGGCGCCGACGGCAGGCGGAGAUGAUGGGGGGAAGAUCCAUUCUGGAUCCAGCGAGGGGUGUGCCAAGACAGCAGAAGGAUCGAGAAGACUUGGCCGACGGCGUCACGGUGAUGAUCUCACCAGUUCAGUGUGACAUCGGCGCAUUGAAGACGACGCCCGUGGCUGACUGCUCCAGCUUCGACUCCUUGCUGGACCGCCUGGUGGAGCAUCCCGAGGCCGAUCCGAGGGGAGGAAAACGUGCGAGGUGUCCGUUUUAG